AUGCUGCCCCCCAGCUUGACUCCGAUCAUCUACGACAACACUGCUCCCGAUGCGCAAAAGUGUCCGGGCUACAAAGCUUCGAAUCAGGAAGACACCGCUCAAGGUUUCACGGCUCAUCUGACUAUCGCCGGGGCCAACUGUCAGGCGUACGGCAACGACAUCUCUGACCUUCUGCUAGAGGUCCAAUAUCAAACCAUGAACCGUCUUGAUGUCCGGACUACAGAGCCCAAGGGUCAGGCAUUGCUAAGAGACAAACGCCAGAAUCGGUUCGAACCAGCCUGCGGCACCCUCUCCACAUCGGCCAUCAUACCGGCUGAAGGGGAGAGUUGA